GAACUCUGCAGACCUCUAUUUUAGAUAAGAUAUUUACUAGCACAGAAACUGCCAAAUCCUCUGUAAUGGCGACGAAUUCAUCAGAUUAUGGAGCUUACAUGGAGAAAUUCACUCUGCAACCUCCUUCUUCAUCUCAACAACUUCCAUUAACUGGCCUCAUCUUUGCUGUCAAAGAUAUAUUUGAUGUGGAUGGGUAUGUGACUGGUUUUGGGAAUCCGGACUGGGCGAGGACGCAUUCUGCUGCUGUAUCAACUGCGCCGGCUGUUUUGGAUAUGCUCAAGGCAGGUGCCACGUUUGUUGGAAAAACUGUAAUGGAUGAAAUGGCUUACAGCAUAAAUGGUGAAAAUGAACAUUACGGAACACCAACUAAUCCUUGUGCUGCAGAUAGAGUACCUGGAGGAUCUUCUAGUGGAUCUGCUGUUGCAGUUGGUGCAAAGCUUGUAGAUUUCUCCUUAGGUGAAUUUCUUCGUGCCAAACAAGCUCGAACCAUUACCCAUCUCCCUUCGUGUAGAGACAAUCUUAAAAACAACAAAUAG